CAUUAUGAUUUGGAUUCCUAUAGCAGAUUUGAUUGAAAUACAUGGUUGUGACUAUUUUGACACUGUUGAUCUAACAGGCAGCAAGAGAUUUUCCAACGGCUCAUAUCUAUAUGAGAGGGUGCUCAUUCCUCCAUACCUAACCGGCGAAUAUGACUAUGAAAUAAUAUUUGAUGACCACCGCAUUAAUGUUCCGCAACACGUCCGAGGAUGUGUGUGUCAGAUGAAAGCCUGCAUCCGAUUUUGCUGCCAUCCUCAGCAUCUGCUUGUUUUCAAUAAGCGGGAAUGUACAAGCGUGCAGCCAGAGACAAUUUCAUAUAGUCCCGCAGCAUGGGCUCCCAAUACCUUGUGCCAUCCAUUAUGCACUCCACCCGGAACAGGAUGUCGCAGAAAUUGGAGCUUGUUCGAGAAUGGAACACUACUACGCCACUAUGAUAGAAAUUAUAUGUCCAAGAUGGACUAUUGCUUGCAGCCGGAAAAAUUCGAUGGCCAUUAUAAGCUUACCGUUCACAAUUGCGGUAUAGCUGUGGCCGAGAAAUGGGACAAAAUUAUGUGCAGAUAUGUUAUGAUAUGCUCCAUAAUAUGCAUUAUUUUAACAAUUUUUGUAUACGUGCUCCUACCCAAGCUUCAAAAACUUCAUGGUAAGUGUUUUAUCUGCUAUCUGUUAAGCCUAGGAGUCGGAUGUACUGCGCUAAUAAUCGACCAGGUGGGAGAUUCGGAAUAUUGUCUUACAACUGGUUAUGUUGGCUAUUUUGCAAUUAUGGCUGCUUUCCUCUGGUUAGCUAUAAUAAGCUUUGAUCUGUGGAACACAUUUCGGGGAACAAUACGACAUAUGACAAAAGCACUCUUCCUUUCCUACAAUAUCAUCGCCUGGAGUACUGCAUUAGUACUGUUGGCAAUUGUGUAUGCAAUGGACUUUAUAGCUACUGAGGACACGCCUCUUCUCUGGAUACCAGGAGUUGGAUACUAUUCGUGCUGGAUUAAAACUGAAGAUUGGUCGGCGAUGAUAUAUUUCUAUGGUCCCAUGAUGCUGCUCAUAAUUUUCAACGUGUCCAUGUUUAUACCGACAGCGGUACGCAUAUAUAAAACCCAGAAGGAAUUUCAAAAUAUAGUCGGCCAAGCGCGACAUCGAAAAAUGGUGAAUGAGUGGCAAACGUUCAGUCUUUUUCUGCGAUUGUUCGUAAUCAUGGGCGUGACCUGGAUUUUUGAAAUAUGUUCAUAUCUAUCGAGUAACCACAGCACACUCCGGAAAUUUUUCAUUGUUGCAGAUCUGCUAAAUUCAGCACAUGGCAUUCUAAUAUUCGGCUUAUUCGUCUUAAAGCCUAGUGUUUGGAAACUUUUAUUGAAUCGAUGCUCGCGACCCUCGUUGCCAUACUAUUGGGAGCUUCGUAAAUUACAAUCGGACACGUCUUAAGAUGAUCAAUGAACUCCAUAAUACCGCCCGCCAAAAUAUACAUAUAUUACUCGCACAAGCAAAC